AUGGGAAUUCCGAAAUUAAAUGCUCUUGAAUGUAGUGCCGAUCAAUGGAGCUGCAAGAGUGGACAGUGUAUAAAUAUUGUACAGGUUUGCGAUGGUGUCAAACACUGUUCCGAUGGAUCGGAUGAGACAUUUGAAAACUGUCAAGAACUCUCCUGUCCCGAUUAUGCAUUUCGCUGUGCUUAUGGUGGUUGCGUUAGAGGAACAUCGCGUUGCGAUAAUGUAACUGAUUGCGUAGAUGGUUCAGAUGAAGCACUGUGUGGUUUGACUACACAAGCUCUUAUCAACUUAGUACGAGGCAAUUGCAGUUCUGAGCUUGAAUUUGAAUGCCUUCACGAUGAAUGCAUAAAUAGUAUAUUCCUUUGCGAUGGUGAAAUACAUUGUUCGAAUGAUGCUGAUGAGAAACCGGAAAUAUGCAGUCAAGUAUAUUGUCCCGAGUACGCAUUUCGCUGUGCUUAUGGUGCUUGUGUCAGUGGAAAAGCUAAAUGUGAUGGCAAAAUUGAUUGUGCCGAUGGUUCAGACGAAAAUUCAUCGCUGUGCAGUAAGACAAAAGUUAUUAACAAUACUUAUACUUAUGAUUAUAUACCAAUACAUGCGAAACCAAAAUUAAACACUUGUAUUGUACCAACAAAUAAUGAAAACUUAAUUGUGAAACAUGGUGAUACUAAAGAGAUUAUUAAACUUGGACAUGGUGUGGUUUCUGGUACAGUUGUACAAUUAAGUUGUAUUGAUAAAUACAUAUUCAGAGGCACAUUACAAAAUUUUUGUUUACCUAAUGGAAAAUGGCUAUUUGAUUUGCCGGUGUGUAAAAGAAGUUGCAGUGUAUCAAACAUAUUGAAUGAUCCUUCAAUUACUGCCGUUGACUGCAGCAGCAAUAAAGCAAUAUCUUAUUUCCCUCGUUUAGACGUUGGUACAAAGAUUUGUUUAGGUUGUGCCCCAGGAUACUUUUGGAAUGUUCAAAAUUAUCGCAAUCAAAUUUUAACUUGUACUGCUAACGGAAAUUGGGAUUUUCAGAAGUUUUCAUGCGAACCGGAAUGUGGAGUUCUACGUAGAAAAAAUAUAUUGAAUAAUACAAUACCAUGGGUUGUAAGCAUAUAUAUGCGAAACUAUAUGCCGCAAUAUCAUUAUAUUUGUACUGGUACCAUCAUAUCAGCAAAACUUGUUCUGACUGCUAAUACAUGCAUUACUGACGACCGUGCUGUUUUAUAUAAUAUUGUCGAAGGAGAUUAUAGACAAGCCUACAAGUCAGGCGGUCCCACUGGUAGAAUAGCUCAUAACGUAUCCGAAAUUGUGAAACCUAAUAAUAUUGACGACGGUAUUGCUUUAAUGGUUUUAAUAAAUUAUUUUACGUAUUCGGUAGAUGUUAAACCGAUAUGUUUGUUUUCCCCUUCUGAAGAACCAUUUAAGGAGUAUAACUAUAAGACUGAUGAAGAUGUCGAAAGAAUUAUUAGGAAUUUAGCAAGUGGUUCUGCAAUAAGCGAACAGAGUCAGACUGAGACUGGACAAAUGAAUUUAUUGGCUAUAGUAGGUGAUGAAAAUAUGAAAAAUAAAAAUGUAUUGCUGAAUGUAAAUAUAUAUAAAACAUUUAUCAAUACAAUGUUAAGACGCUAUGAAAUUGUUUCCUGAUUGUGUAAAUU